UCCUUCCCUUCGGAGACUGGGAGCACGGGGCGUGGAUGCGGCGGGUUCGCAGGCUCGCAGUCUCCUCGCGGGAUUUGCAACCUCCCUAGGCAAAGAGCCUCCAGCGGAAUUCCCGCAUGGCACUAAGGGCUUCGCGAGCCGUUGCAUCGCAUCUCGCCAUCACAGUUCUCGGGUCUGUUGAUGGAACGCUGCAACGUCUUUCUCUCGCAUUUCUGGUCGGCGCCGUUGUAGCUGCCACGGGCAUACUAUGGCACUUCUAUGCUAAACUAAUGGACAGGACAGCCGAGCCGCCGUUGCUAACCCCCCACGAGAGUGGUUGCGUGAGCCACGACUUGCCUCUCCCUUGCCUGCUGUUGGUCGCAUCACGUUGCCGCCUGCUCAAGUGGUACACAAGAUGUUUCACAGCAUUGAAGACAUCGCCAACUGCUUGUUCAACCUCAGCCCCGAACGUCUCUCUGCCUGGAGAUGGCACGGUUGGCUGUUUGCACCAUGCAUGUGACGUGCGGUGCAGUAUACUGUGUACUAAUUCACUCAGUUUUAUCCGUCACGUCGUCUCUCUCAGGUUUCGGCCCUUUCUCGCUCUUGUUACUGCAAUCGAAGGGAGAACUCCUCUCUUGCCAGCAACGGCUUUCUCUCUUCCACAGGACCGACCGCUGAGUCGAAGACGACAGAAAGAGGAAAUAGGGGCUCAGAAAGCUCUUAGCUUUCCUGUCGGACUGAAAAGUCGUCAAUCACGUCAAUCAACCCCCACGUCAGUGACGACAAUUGAAGAUUGCACAUUCCUUCUUUUGUCGUCCCCCGAGUCACCCUGACUCACGAAUAUUUCCCCCAAGCUAGUGCACGCAUUCCUGUGUCGGUGUGUCGAUUUGGACACCAUGCAUCGGGUACCUUGUCUAGGAAGGAUGAGGGGGUGGUUCACUGUUGUGAAAUUUUAUUUCUCAUCUCGGGCAUGCGAACCUAUUUCUACCGCGUUAAAAUAACGGACGCGUUGUAAGCUGUAGUGCGGUGCGGUGCGUCGGGCGCGUCCAGCGCCGCGCCGGCGCGCCUCGGUCACAUCUUCCCCGCUGCCCGCGUUUCUCGUCACUACUUUACCCCCUCCCCCUUUUUUCUUUCCUCUUUCCGUCUGUCAGCUGAAGAACAAGCACGCAGCUGAGUUUCCGAUAACUCACUCGCCAUUCGGCAUUCAGCAGGUGAACACAACCCCUGUCACUGUCACUCGUC